GUUGGAAAGGCACAACAUCACUAGUUGAUGACGAGGAAGUCACCCUAUCCAAAAUGCCACCUCUAAAUCUACCCCAACUCAAAAUCCAAACCCACAAUCAUCAUUUUAUGUUAAAAAAACCAUACCUUUUAACAAAAACCUUGUUCAAAUCAAUGUCUUUUAACCAACCAACAAGUACCAUGAAACCUGUUCCUCGUCUAAAAGGUGUUGUCUUUGACAUGGAUGGAACCUUAACAGUCCCAGUCAUUGAUUUCCAGGCCAUGUAUAAAGCUGUUCUUGGUGACCAACAAUAUCUUGCCAUCAAAUCAAGUUCCCCAUCUGGGAUUGACAUUUUACAUCAUAUUGAACAAUGGGCUCCUGAUCAACAACUUAAAGCUUAUCAAAUUAUUGCUGAUUUUGAGAAACAGGGCAUGGAUAAGCUUCAGAUCAUGCCUGGUGCUGCAGAACUCUGUGGUUUUCUUAACUCAAGGAAUAUCAGAAGGGGACUUAUAACUCGCAAUGUUAAAUUAGCUGUUGAUUUGUUUCAUGAACGAUUUGGGAUGUCAUUUUCUCCCGCAUUGAGUAGAGAAUUUCGUCCCUAUAAACCUGACCCAGCUCCCCUGCUGCAUAUAUGUACAACGUGGGAAGUUGAACCUAAUGAAGUGAUGAUGAUUGGGGACAGCCUGAAGGAUGAUGUGGCUUGUGGGAAAAGGGCUGGAGCAUUCACAUGUUUGCUUGAUGAAACAGGGAGGUAUGACUCUCCUCAGUAUGCUAAUGUUGAACAUAAACCAGACUACAAGGUAUCCUCCCUUGCUCAAGUUCUUUCACUCCUAGAGUCAAAUUUUGACUUAACGCCUUGACAUCAUGGAGAUCGAGAUUCAUUCUUCAAGAUUUUUGUUGGUCAAAUUGUUCAAAGUGAGUGCCUAAUGAAAUACUGUAGAUCAGUCACUUAUUGGUAUGUGGGGUUUCUAGCCAAACCGAUGGAACUAGUUGUAUAUUAUGUAAAAUAGUUUGUCUAUUGUACAAACUUAACAGUCAAA